AUGCGGCCCGUCCUGUCAACUGUUUUCCUUGUACCGUUGCUGCUCGUCGCGUGGCAAAACGGCGCGCAGGCCAACUGGUGGUACCUGGGAGUGGAGCCCCGGCUGAAUAGCGGCGGAUCGGGCCAGGGAAACGGCGGCGUCGGAGGCGGCGGCGUAGUCGACGGACAGCCUCAGAUCAUCGGCGCGGGUGUGAUCGGGCCGGCGAGCGCCGAAAAGAGCUGCAAGAGCGUGCACCUGACCGCCAAGCAGCAGGCUAUAUGCUCCCGCUCGCCGCCCGUCCUGCAGGCAGUCAGCGCGGGCGCGAGAUUGGCCAUAGAGGAGUGUCAGCACCAGUUUAGAUCAGCCAGAUGGAAUUGUUCCAUCAGCCCGGAAAAUCCGGAGAACGUGUUCGGUGGCGUGAUGCUAGUCAACAGUCGCGAGGCAGCGUUCGUGUAUGCAAUAUCAGCGGCUGGGGUCGCUUACAGCGUCACCAGGGCCUGUUCCAGGGGCGAGCUCACCGAUUGCUCCUGCGACAACCGGGUCAGAACACGCCGGCCGAAUAAUUGGGAAUGGGGCGGCUGCAGCGAGGACAUACACUUCGGGGAGAAGUUUUCGCGAGAGUGGUCCGACGGCGGCGAGGAGCCGGUGAAAGACGGUGUCCUGCACGGGCCGAAAGGGCUGGCUGGCCAGCUGAUGAGGAAGCACGAUAGCGAAGCUGGCAGGCGGGCCGUCCGCUCGAGAAUGCAACGCGUGUGCAAGUGUCACGGUAUGUCGGGCUCGUGCAGCGUACGCGUUUGCUGGAGAAGACUGCCAGCGUUCAGGGUGGCCGGAGCUGCCCUGGCGGCGUUGCACGAAGGCGCGGCUCUGGUUCGACUGGCCCAACGCGGCGGAAGAAGACCAGCGAGGCUCAGGCCAGCUCGUCCGGAUCUGAAACGUCCGAACAAGACCGACCUGGUGUAUCUCGAGGACAGUCCCGACUACUGCGAACGAAAUACCACGCUCGGUAUCCCCGGCACGAGGGGAAGGAUAUGCAACCGGACGUCCCUCGGUCUGGACGGAUGUCGACUCCUAUGCUGCGGUCGGGGCUACCAGACACGGGUACGGGACGUGACCGAGGAGUGCGGCUGUCGAUUCGUCUGGUGUUGCCACGUGAAGUGCGAGCUAUGUCGGCACACGCGGGAGGAACACGUCUGCAAUUAG